CGAUUUUGACCUUGUUCUUUUCCUCUCCUGACAGCGUUUCAGACACUGCCGCUGCCCACAGCGAGUAGGGCUUGUGCCGAGAGGAGGAGGGGAUCUCUGCAAGGCAGGUGAGGCUGAGUAGUGAAGAGCAGCAUGGACCUGGAUAUGCUGAACAUGUUUGUCAUCGCUGGUGGCACCCUGGCUAUCCCCAUCCUGGCCUUUGUGGCCUCGUUCCUCCUCUGGCCCUCGGCGCUGAUUCGCAUCUACUACUGGUACUGGCGCCGAGCCCUGGGCAUGCAGGUCAGAUACGCAACCUACGAUGAUUAUCAGUUCUGUUAUUCCUACAGAGGAAGGCCUGGGUACCGACCAUCCAUCCUGAUGUUACAUGGCUUCUCUGCCCACAAGGACAUGUGGCUCUCCAUAGUCAAGUUUCUGCCAAAGAACCUGCACUUGGUAUGUGUGGACAUGCCUGGGCACGAGGGUACGACUCGCUCGGACUUGGAUGAUUACUCCAUUAGUGGGCAAGCUAAGAGAAUACACCAGUUCGUGGAGUGCAUCAAGCUGAACAGAAAGCCCUUUCAUCUGGUUGGCACUUCCAUGGGGGGAAAUGUUGCUGGUGUCUAUGCUGCUCAGUACCCAGAAGAUAUUUGCAGCCUGACCCUCAUCUGUCCUGCAGGCCUGCCAAGUACCACUGACAGCAAGUUCAUCAAGCAGCUGCGGGAGCUGCAGGAGUCCAAGCGCAUUGACAGGAUCCCUUUGAUCCCCUCCACCCCUGAGGAGAUGGCAGACAUGCUGAAGCUUUGCUCCUAUGUUCGCUUCAAGGUGCCGCAGCAGAUCCUCCAGGGCCUCGUCGACGUUCGCAUCCCACACAAUGAAUUCUACCGGAAACUGUUUUUAGAAAUCGUGGAUGAAAAGUCCAGGCACUCCCUCCAUGAGAACAUGAGCAAGAUCAAAGCACCGACACAGGUCAUCUGGGGAAAGCAGGACCAGGUGCUGGAUGUUUCUGGUGCCAGUGUUCUGGCAGGGGCCAUCCCAGACUGCCACGUGUACAUCCUGGAGAACUGCGGCCACUCGGUGGUGGUGGAGCGGCCCCGCAAGACAGCCAACCUCAUCCUGGAGUUCCUGGCACUGCUGCACAGCAUAGACAACAACAAGAAGCAGGCCUGAGCGUGGCAGGGAGCCGCGUGCCCACGCCAGGUUCACUUGUAAAGUACUGCAGCUUUGAUACGUUCUCAGGGAUCUUGUACGAACCGGGGUCCAUGUGCCAAAGUCCCUGAGGAAGGCAGAAUCACUGAUCCCCAAACCUAUAGCACCACUGGCACAGCAACCUGGGCUCAUUGAGCAACCUCCAUAGAUGCAGGAACAGAAGCAGAGUAUCUCCCUUUUCUACUUAGAGGUAAGGUAGAAAUGAGCUGAAAUCACCCAGUGCUCAUCACACGGCCACCCAUCUUACCUGGGUUACCAGCACGUAGUUGUUCAUGACAUUUACCUAAACUAGAUAUGAAAUGUAGGAAGAUAUCUGGAAUCCUGGACUGAGACUGAGACUUAACAAUAUUUUGACUACUUAGAGUCCAUCGUGUUGCAUGCUGCUGUGCUGUAAGAGAACCCCCAAGUGCUCCAGGCGUCUGCUUGAGUGCCCUUUGUGUAGCUCCUGAUCUCAUGAUUUAUCCAGAAAACAACAGAAAACUUCAUGUGUGGAAGUCCAAUGACUGUAUGUGCAAAAAUGUUUACACUCUGAGUGGGUUUUUCUAAAUCUCUGAAUAGCUCCUGUGUAUUUGUAAUGCCUUAACGUUGCCCAGGGCGUGGUGUCUGUGCACAGCCCACCUUGCCCAGGGCUGGUUCUACCUGAGGGUGGGCACAGCCAGUGACCACGGGGUGCAGGCAGCAGCUGUGGCACUGCUGUGGGGCUGGGGCACUGGGAGCUGCCCUGAGCCCGAGUCAGCAAUAAACCCAUGGCCAGGGUGGGAUCCAGCCCCCCAGGGUGAACUCUUGUCUCAGCUCCUCUAUCGCACCGUGCUGCUGAACACCUGGAUGUAAAUAAUGACUUUCUUAAUGAAUUCUGUGAAUUCUGCAAAAGCCAAUGCCACUGGAACAGGCUGAGGGGUGGGAGGGGGCUGUGUGUGCCCAGCACAGGGAAUGGUGAGGAGGGGUCAGCUCGCCCACGAGGUGCUGGGCCGUGGUGGGGAAAGGUACAAUGUGCUUCUGCAGCUGCUCCAUGAGCACAGCUCCUGAGCAAGGGAAGCUGUGGGUGGGAACAGGCAGUACAGGCAAGCUGCACUUUACAGGCUGCAAGGUGAUGUUCAGGGA